CGUGAACAAUACUUCUUUCCCUUUCCCUCCUCAACUUUCUUCUCAAUUUUUUUUCUUUCCUCAGAUCAAUCCAUUCUUCUUCCAUCUUCAUCUCUACAAGGAGAGACCGUUAGAUUUUCUCUUGUGAUACCCCUAAACCGCUCCCACUAUCUCAAUCAAUCUCAUCACCUUUUUGGUAAGUUCUCAAACCCCGCGCUGUCACUCGAAACAUAACCCCCCACCUCUAUAUAUCAUCAGCCUCGUGCUUUGCCUACCAACUUGAUACCGCUUCAUACCACGUAAAAUCUUGGUGCUUCCUAUUUCUCAAUUGCCUAUCGAAAGAGUCAUAGCAAUAGAAACGUCUGUUUGGAGAUUUAUCCAUUUUUUUUACUGAAAAAAAUAUCCAUCAGACGCGCUGUGACACUUCACUCCUUAUUUCCUACCAACCUCUCAAACAAGAUGGCUGAGACUUUCGAGUUUCAGGCUGAGAUUUCUCAGCUUCUGUCUCUCAUCAUCAACACAGUCUACUCCAACAAGGAGAUCUUCUUACGAGAAUUAAUCUCAAACGCCUCCGAUGCCCUCGACAAGAUCCGCUAUGAGGCCCUGUCGGACCCGAGCAAGCUCGACUCCAACAAGGAUCUCCGCAUCGACAUCAUCCCUGACAAGGAGAACAAGACGUUGACCAUCCGUGAUACCGGUAUUGGUAUGACGAAGGCUGACCUCGUCAACAACUUGGGUACUAUUGCCCGAUCAGGCACCAAGCAGUUUAUGGAGGCCUUAACUGCCGGUGCUGACGUCUCCAUGAUCGGUCAAUUCGGUGUCGGUUUCUACUCCGCAUACCUUGUGGCUGACCGAGUCACCGUCGUCUCCAAGCACAACGAUGACGAGCAGUACAUCUGGGAGUCGUCGGCCGGCGGUACCUUCAGUGUCAAGCCUGACACCGAGGGUGAGCCCCUGGGCCGUGGUACUAAGCUGAUCCUCCACUUGAAGGAUGAGCAGACUGAGUACCUCAACGAGAGCAAGAUCAAGGAGGUCAUCAAGAAGCACUCCGAGUUCAUCUCGUACCCCAUCUACCUUCACGUCAAGAAGGAGGUUGAGAAGGAGGUCCCUGAUGAGGAGGCUGAAGAGACCAAGGAGGUUGAAGAGGAUGACGACAAGAAGCCCAAGAUUGAGGAAGUCGAUGAUGAGGAUGAGGAGAAAGAGAAGAAGAAGAAGGUCAAGAAGGUCAAGGAGAUUACUGUUGAAGAGGAAGAACUCAACAAGCAGAAGCCUAUCUGGACCCGAAACCCCCAGGACAUCAGCCAGGAGGAGUAUGCUGCCUUCUACAAGUCCCUGUCCAACGACUGGGAGGACCACUUGGCCGUCAAGCACUUCUCUGUUGAAGGUCAGCUUGAAUUCCGAGCUAUCUUGUUCGUGCCCAAGCGUGCUCCUUUCGAUCUCUUCGAGACCAAGAAGACCAAGAACAACAUCAAGUUGUAUGUCCGUCGCGUCUUCAUUACCGAUGAUGCCACUGAUCUCAUCCCCGAGUGGUUGAGUUUCAUCAAGGGUGUUGUCGACUCUGAGGAUCUUCCCCUGAACUUGUCUCGUGAGACCUUACAACAGAACAAGAUCAUGAAGGUCAUCAAGAAGAACAUUGUCAAGAAGGCACUCGAGCUGUUCACUGAGAUUGCUGAGGAUAAGGAGCAAUUCGACAAGUUCUACAGCGCUUUCUCUAAGAACUUGAAGCUUGGCAUUCACGAAGACUCGCAGAACCGACAGACUCUUGCCAAGCUUUUGCGCUUCCACUCCACCAAGUCUGGUGAUGAGUUGACUUCUCUGUCCGACUAUGUUACUCGCAUGCCCCCUCACCAGAAGAACAUCUACUACAUCACCGGCGAAUCGAUCAAGGCUGUGUCCAAGUCUCCCUUCUUGGACGCUCUCAAGGAGAAGAACUUCGAGGUUCUCUUCCUCGUUGACCCGAUUGAUGAGUACGCCAUGACUCAGCUAAAGGAGUUUGAAGGCAAGAAGUUGGUUGAUAUCACCAAGGACUUCGAGCUUGAGGAGACUGAGGAGGAGAAGAAGGCCCGUGAGGCUGAAGAGAAGGAGUACGAGGGCCUUGCUAAGGCCUUGAAGAACAUUCUCGGCGACAAGGUUGAGAAGGUCGUCGUGUCUCACAAGCUGGUUGGUGCUCCUUGCGCCAUUCGAACUGGUCAGUUUGGCUGGUCUGCCAACAUGGAGCGUAUCAUGAAGGCUCAGGCUCUACGUGACACCUCUAUGAGCAGCUACAUGAGCUCCAAGAAGACUUUCGAGAUCUCCCCCAAGUCUCCCAUCAUCAAGGAGCUCAAGAAGAAGGUGGAGACCGACGGCGAGAACGACAAGACUGUCAAGUCCAUUGUUCAGCUCCUGUACGAGACCUCCCUGCUCGUCUCCGGCUUUACCAUUGAGGAGCCUGCCGGCUUUGCGGAGCGCAUCCACAAGCUGGUGUCCCUGGGCUUGAACCUCGAUGAUGAAGCUGAGGUCGAGGAGGCGCCAGCUACUGCUGACACUGCCGCCGCCGAGACCGGCGACAGCGCUAUGGAAGAGGUUGACUAAAUGCAUUAAACGGCAGGAAAGGAAACGGGAAUCGCAAAAGUUCUUCGGAGUUGGAUGGUUUCGGGCUUCUAUUUCCGGUGACGUUGUGUUUUAGGCAUUUUUUUCUCACAAUAAUUUCACAUGCCUCCGAGUCGCGGGGCCAAGAUAAUUUCUAGCAGGGUUUAGAUAUUGCUAGUUGGUUGUUGCAUUCCGGAUGCUUAUGUACUUUAUGCCCUUAUGAAAGACAGUGGUCGGUUAAUCCGUAGUUAGAUGAAAUGGAUUAUUCAUGAAAUUCAAUACUUCAA